AUGGAUCACGAUUUCUCUGACGAAUCGAAAUCUUCGUUUUCAUUGUCUUCUUUCAUUUCCAUAUUGGGCGUGACCGGAGUCACCGGUGUUGCAGCUUCAGGAAUCGGUGGUAAGCCUAAACUUUCUUCUUGGAGCUUUGGACUAAGCUGUUGA